UAUCUAGAAAUUUUAAAAUGAAAUCUGUGCUAAUCACUGGUGCCAACCGAGGCCUUGGCUUGGGGAUGGUGAACUAUCUUGUGAAACAAAACAAGGCUGAAAAUAUCUUCGCUACUUGCCGAAAAGGGUCAGAGGAACUAAACCAGUUAGCUCAGCAAAACAAGCAUCUCCACAUCAUACAAUUAGACGUAACAAAUGUAAACAGUUUCGGCGAUGUCUCUUCGACAAUCAGCAAACUGGUGGGGGCUGGGGGGCUGAACCUGCUCAUGAACAACGCCGGAGUGGCCACCAAGUUCACCAAGCUGAACAUGGUGAAAGCCGAGCAGAUCUUGGAGAACUUCACUGUUAACACCGUUGCGCCCAUCAUGCUCACAAAGGCCUUGCUGCCUCUGCUGAAACAAGCGGCGGAGACCAAUAGCGACAAGCCGGCUGGCGUGCAGCGGGCGCUAGUCGUCAACAUGAGCUCCGUGCUCGGCUCCAUCGCGCAGAACGACCAGGGCGGGUUCUACCCCUACAGGUGUUCUAAGGCGGCAUUAAAUGCGGCAACUAAAUCAAUGAGCAUUGACCUGAAGAAGGACAACAUCGUCGUGGCGUCCAUGCACCCGGGGUGGGUAAAGACGGAUAUGGGUGGCAACAACGCGCCCCUUGACAUACCCACCAGCAUUGAAGGGAUUUUCACCACCAUAGAGAAACUUGGUGAACAAGACACAGGUAAAUUCUUUCAGUAUGAUGGCAAGGAGUUGCCUUGGUAAAUUGUGAAAAAAAAAUUGUAUACAUAAAGAAAAAUAAAUAUUUUGCUAUGGUAA